AUGCCAUACCCGCGGCCGGUCUCCCCGAUCAGUCUCGAAACCUGCGCCCCGCCUGCCUCGGACAUAGACCUCGACGGCGUGCUGGGCUCCGACGAUGAGCUGGACGAUGAUGCCGGGGCUGCAAAGCGUCAGAGGAUCGAGAGGCUGGCCGAGUCGUACCUGGAGGGCAAGCCGCUCUUCAUUCUCUCCGCAUCUCUUCGCGGACCCUUUGACAAGGACUGGGUGAACCCAUGGAGGAAGAACAGGAAGGUUGGGACAAGCACAGGUUCCACAAAGGGGCAGACUGCAGGCCGUGUGGUACAAGAAACAGACUUGCAGCACGCAAGGCGCCGCGAGGCCUUGACGGUCAAUUCACGACUCUUUCGACAGACUGCUGUGCUACCACCGAGUCCCUCAGCACAAAGGCGAUGCUCUUCAUCGCGUUUCAAAUCCGAUCGAAAGACACCUACCACCGCAUUACGCCAAGGGGAAAGACAGGUCCAGCUCUCACCCGGCAAAUCGAGACAAGUGUCGGUGGACGAAGUCGAUGAACCGUUCUUUGCUGUCCCAACGGCACCGGACUGGCUAAAGAAGGACCGUCAGCGAAUGAACUUUUUGAAGUUUGAUCCUCCUAGCUCUCCAACAACCAAGGUUGCUUCGCGGAAAGCAGAGGACAAGCGUCGUGGGCCCGAAUUGUCUCCAUCUCGCUUGCGAACCCCUACGGCGAUGCCCAUGAACAUACAACCGCAAAACCAUCCUCCAGACACAUCGGCCCAUUCUACUCGAUCAGCUGCAAAUGUUUCCCAACAACCUUCAGCGUCUACUAAGGAUGAGCCCCAAGAUCCGUCGCUCCGAGUUAUCUCUUCGUCGUCUCAGUUACCUCGAUUUGAGUAUCGUCGAUGGCACCACACAUGCAGUGAACCAGCCCAGCCAAAGUCCCCUAGCUGCGCGGAUGCAGAUGAAUAUCUUCACGCGAACUCAAUAUCCAAAGACCGAUAUACGGACGCUGCUGCUCCCUACCACAUAAAAGAGCCUCCCAUGGUCCCUGCACUGCUUAGCAUGGAUGAGGGACCCAAAAGUCUUCGGUUCGCCGAUAAUCCAGAUGUCUCAAAGGGGAAUACCGCGCAGCUACCAGUCUCGACCGAAGAGAAUUCUUGUGAAAACCUGCCUUCCGCGCAGGAAGUACCAGCACCUCCUGGUGUAUCAGACCGCAUUACUUCAUUGCAUUCGACAAUGGUGCAUAAGGCUGAUACCGAAAACGGCUCAGAUCACAGUCCUGGCACCCAACUUUCGACGCAAGCCGCCCUGAUACAUGCGCAGAAGUCGUUCCAAGAUGACCUGGAGAGCCCAGAUCCAAAUGACCAAACAGCACCAGGCCGGAAACGACCUGCCUCGCGGUCACCCAGCAACUCACCUCAUCUCUACCAUACCACCCCCUUUGCCCGUAUCGAGGCUUCACAUCAAACUGAAUUGACUCGGACCUCCAAUGCUAUCAACAAAGAUAUGCUUCCGGCCUUGAGCACGCAAUGCAUGAUCGACGCAGCCACUCCUUAUGCCUUCAGCACCGUCAAGAAACUCAGGACGUACCGAGCAGGGUCACCGACAAACCCAGCCAGUGCCCCAGCACCUGCAGCUCCUCCUUCCAAUGACCUCGAGAGUGUCUAUCAGACUGCGCAUUCCAGUACAGGAGGAGGUAGCCCGCGGCUGACAGGCCAACAGUCAAACCGUCCAUUGGCACUUCGGUCAGGCACGCAAGCAACCUCAUUACCGUUUACCCUGAGCGAGUCCACGCCUGCCACUGCGCAGGAUGGGCAGGGAGUACAUCCCGAGAGCUUCAACCUAAGCCAGGCAAUAGCCGAAGCCGGGAGCUGGCUCCAGCAGAGCUUUGAUUUCAUGAGAGAGUCGUCGAGACAGCCGAGCCAAGCUGGGAAAGCACCGUCCUCGGGCGAUGCACAUCCGUCUGCGCUGGAUUUGGACCUGGCGCGCUAG